AUGGCGAAGAGAUCACGCAAGGAGUCUUCAGCAGCGGACCUUCUGGUCUCUCCUUUGCCUAAAACGAGCCCUAGCAAAUCUCCCAGCGAAUCUCCGGUGGAAUUCGAAUUCAAGCUCAACGCAUUCAACACUACCACAUCAUCUUCGAAGAAGAACUUCAAUCGUAAGAACUGUGGAGCAUCGACUCCUGUGCCAAUGCAACCUACCGGAUCGCCACCGUCGCUGAAAAACCUAAGCACAAUCUCGGAUCUGAAGAACUUGGCUGUUUCGAAGAUGGAGUCCAUCAAGCGCCAACUGGAUCGGUCUCAUUUGGAGAUACUGAAGGAUGUUGAGGCUUCUCAGUCUCGUCUUCACAAGCGCUUCAAGAUUCAAACACAGGCAUGCCAGCAAGUGAUGGAUGAAGCAGACAGGGAAUGCAAGAAGAUGGUUGACCAGAUUGAUGAAAGUCGGGAAGCAAUGAAGGCUUCAUAUGCAGAGUUCAUAGCAGCAGCACAGGCUAGUGCAUCUCGCGCGUGCAAAACAUCCAUCCCUAAGCUUUCACAGUCCUUCGAGAAAGCCAUUGAUGCUAUCAAAAGCCGUUAUGGGAUCCCAUCAACUUCAGCAUAAUUGCCAUUGUCAAACUAACAGAAAUUCCUCGACAUCAAUUCCUGGGAAGACAUACAGAAAAACAGUCUGGAGGGUCGUCUUCAUGCAACAGGCAGCAGUGGAGGUGAUGCUACAUUACAUAUGCUUGUGCAAAUUACUGUUUUCCUUCUUAGUUUUACAUCAAACAAAUGAAUGGAUUUCAUACUUAGGCUUCUAAAUGCCAUCUCAUACAUUUUACAAAUAUGAUAGUAGAGAAAAGUUUCUGCUUCAACCGAAGUACUUGUUGCACCUCCAUUCAUGCCAACAAUAUCCUUCCAACAAUUACCUUGGGAUUCGAUGAUUUUACUCUAUUACCGAUUGUUGGAUCGAA